AUGGCAGCUCCACAGAAUCACCGCAAUCAGUCCCAGACCAUGGAUACGCUAGAUAUUCAGGGGGCUAUCGACGCCUACCGAUACUGCGAAUACGCACACCGGAAAUACCUGGAGUUCGACAUACCCGACCUCGAGGCGCAUAUCGAGGUCAUAAUCUACGCCCUCGCCAAAUGCCUCAGGAACAUAUCGGGAUUCGAGGAUCGCGAAGAGGUCGGCUUCUACAUCACGGAACUCGGAGGCUUCAUGGGCCAGGCCAAGGCCGUGCUCAUGCUGCUGCAGAUAUGGCCGGUCCAGGAGCCGACAGCCCACGAACCGACAGUCGGGCAGACAGCAUUACAGUGGACGGCGUUCCGGGAAUCUACGGUUUGGGAGACAUUAGAGGAACAAAUGGCUCUAGUUCCCCCGGCUAUUAACCUCGACGAAUCGCACCGUCCUGAGCCGCCGUCGUCGCCCGAGCCCACUAUUACAGAUCGGUCACCGGAGCUGAGCAUCAGCGACCGCGAGAGAAGCAUGGAUCAACGAAGCUGCGGCCCGCCCGCGUUCGGCCAGCGAAUGCUGCAGCAUUUCGACUUCCACCCGGGGUACCGCAACCUGAAUCACGGCUCCUUCGGGGCGAGCCCGCGCGCCGUCCGGCAGCGGCUGCGCCACUACCAGGACCUGGCCGAGGCGCGGCCGGACCAGUUCAUCCGGUACGACGCGCCGGACCUGCUCAACGAGUGCCGCGAGGCGCUGGCCCGCUUCGUCCACGCGCCGACGCCGACCGUCGUGCUCGUCCAGAACGCCACCACCGGCGUCAACGCCGUCCUGCGCGGCAUCCCCUGGAGCGACGACGGCAGGGACGUCAUCCUCUACUUCAACACCGUGUACGGCGCCUGCGGCAAGACCGUCGACUACAUCGUCGACUCCGGCCGCGGCCACGUCUCCUCGCACGCGAUACAGGUGACGUACCCGUGCGAGGACGGCGAGAUCGUGGCCGCGCUGCGGGCGGCGGUGCAGGACUGCGCGGCGGCCGGGAAGCGCGCCCGGGUCUGCAUGUUCGACACGGUGUCGAGCCUGCCGGGGGUGCGCUUCCCGUUCGAGGCGCUGGUGCAGGCCUGCCGGGAGGCGGGGGUGCUGAGCCUGGUGGACGGCGCGCAGGGCGUGGGGAUGAUCGAGAUCGACCUGGCGGCGCUGGACCCGGACUUCUUCGUGUCGAACUGCCACAAGUGGUUGUUCGUGCCGCGGAGCUGCGCCGUGCUCUACGUGCCGCUGCGCAACCAGGCCCUCGUCGCCUCCUCCGUGCCCACCUCGCACGGCUACGUGCCCAAGGCCGGCGCCCGCUUCAACCCCCUGCCCAAGAGCAACCCGUCCGCCUUCGUCAACAACUUCCAAUUCCUCGGCACCCUCGACACCAGCGCCUACUUCUGCGUCCGCGACGCCCUCCUCUGGCGCGAGCAGGUCCUCGGCGGCGAGGGCAGGAUCCGAGAGUACACGCAGACGCUGGCCUGCGAGGGCGGCAAGAAGAUAGCGCAGAUCCUCGGGACCGAGGUCAUGGAAAACCAGUCUGGCACCUUGUCGCGGUGCGCGAUGACGAACGUCGCUCUGCCCCUCAGCCUGGAAGAAGCGUCCGAGGCGUCGGAGUGGAUGCAGGAGAGGAUGGGCGAAGACUACGGCACGUUCAUCCCGCUAUUCGUGCAUGGCGGCCGUCCGUGGGCGAGGGUGAGCGCCCAAGUUUACCUAGACCUCGACGACUUCGAGUGGGGUGGGCGGGUGCUUCUCGACCUUUGCGAAAGGGUCAAGAAAGGAGAGCAUAAGAACACUCAAGCUGUAGAAGUGGGACCGUAG